AUCAUGGGCAGCCAUAUCACUCCAUGGCACGAAACAGGAACGAAAUAUCAAAUUUAGCUGAUGUCAUCAGAAGAAUCUGAAUUCAGCUCAACUGCUGCAUCAUCCUCAAGCACAUAGUCACUUUCUCUUAUCAAGUCAAUUUUUAGGGAUGGUGAUGAAGAAGCUGACUCAUUCAUGGUUGAAACUGCCACGGUUCAGAUUCCAAUUUUGAUGUCAACGUAUAUAACAGGUAAAAAACGUGCACAUGGGGGUUCAACUAUUGAUAGAGAAUACAUUCAUCGUGAUAAGAAAGAACGCCAUGAUUUUAUUAAAAGUGACUACUUCAUUGGUGAGAAGUCAAAGUAUACUCGAGAUAAGUUUCGUCGUCGAUUUCGUAUGGAUAUCAAGCUAUUCGAGCGAAUUUUGCAUGCAGUAGAGAAUUAUGAUAAUUACUUUACACAAAAGGUUGAUGCCGCUGGAAAAAUAGGGUUGAGUCCCUUACAAAAAGUUAUAGCGGCAAUACGAAUGCUUUCAUACGGCUGUUCAGCUGAUUCCCUUGAUGAAUAUGUUCAAAUUGGUGAGAGUACUGCAAUUGAAUGCCUUAAAAAUUUUGUGGUGCUAUAAUAGGAUCGUUUGAAAAACAAUAUCUUAGAAAACCAAACACGUCUUGUAUCGCUAGUCUAUUAAAAGAUAGUGAAGCUCGUGUAUUUCCAAGAAUGCUUGGUAGUCUAGAUUGUAUGCAUUGUCAUUGGAAAAAUUGUCCGACUGCUUGGCAUGGAACAUUUACUAAUGGGUUCAAAAAAGUUCCAACUCUUAUUCUAGAGAUUGUAGCUUCACAUAAUUUAUGGAUUUGGCAUGCAUUCUUUGGUAUGACGAGUACUAACAAUGAUGUUA